AAACUUCUAAUAAUGAAUAUUCCACAGUGGUGCGAAUACCCAAGGCAACGGAGCUGGAGUGGAUUUUUACCCUGAAUGAAGAGGAGAACGAAAUUGUACGCAGUGAAUUUUAUUAUGAACAGGCUCCCAGCUCUUCCUUGUGUAUUGCCAUCCUCAGCCUGCACAGUGACAGCAUAGUCUGUGGCCACCAACUGAUAGAGCACUGCUGCAAGUUGUCCCAAGGGCUCACUAAUCCUGAGGUGGAUGCUGGUCUCCUUAUGGACAUCAUGAAACAAUUGCUCUUCAGUGCCAAAAUGAUGUUUGUAAAAGCUGGAAGGAGCCAGGAUCUAGCUAUCUGUGACAGCUACAUCAGCAAAGUGGAUGUGUUGAAUAUUUUGGUUGCUGCUGCCUACCGUCCAAUACCAUCUUUGGAUCAGAUUCUUCUCCCAGCAGCAGUAACUAGAUUAAGAAAUCAGCUUCUGGAAGCAGAGUACUAUCAACUAGCUAUAGAGGUUUCUACAAAAUCUGGGUUGGAUCCAGGUGGAGCAUGGCAUGCCUGGGGCAUGGCUUGCCUUAAAGCUGGAAAUUUAAGUUCAGCAAGAGAGAAGUUUAACCGAUGUUUAAAACCACCCAUGGAUCUAAACCAGCUUAACCAUGGCUCAAGGCUGGUCCAGGAUGUGAUACAGUACCUGGAGUCCACAGUGAAGCCAAUACUCAUUGCAGAUGAUGAUUACUUUGCCACAUUGAGAGAACUUGAAGCAACACUGAGAACAAGAAGUCUGUCUCUGGAGAUGAUGUGUGAGGGGAAGAUUCAACACAACAGCUACUAUCAGGAGUGCUUGUUCUAUUUACAUAGUUAUGGCACUAAUCUGGCCAUAAUAAGCUUUUACAUGAGGCAUGACUGUAUGAGAGAAGCACUGCUUCACUUGUUAAAUAAGGAAUCCCCAUCAGAAGUGUUUAUUGAAGGGAUCUUCAUUCCAAGUUAUGAAAGUGGAAAACUGCAUAUGUUGGAGAACUUGCUGGAAACCAUUGAUCCAGGAUUGGAGAGCUGGGGAGUCUACUUGAUUGCAGCCUGCAAAUACUUGCAAAGGAAGAACUACUACCAUAUUCUGUAUGAGCUGCAACAGUUCAUGAAGGAUCAUGUCCGUGCUGCCAUGACCUGCAUUAGAUUUUUCACUCAUGGAGCCAAGUCUUACACUGAACUGGGAGGAAAACAGACAUGGCUUCUAAAGAUCAAGGACCAUCUCAAAGUCUAUCUGCAGGAGGUUUCAAGAAGUUCAGGAAGGAAAAAAAUGGCAUUCACUUUUCGGAAGAAAAUGUCUGCUACAGAUGUGUCAAGGCACAUCAAUACAGUUGAUCUGCAGAUGGAAGUAACAAAGUUCCUGCAUCAGUGUGAGAGCUCAGGAACCUCUCAAAUGACAAGCUCUUCCUUGCCCACACUCUUUGGAAACAAUAACAUGAAAAUGGAUGUUGCUUGCAAGGUCAUACUGGAAGGCAAAAACAUUGAGGAGGGGUUUGGGAUUGCAUUUAGAGUUCUCCAGGACUUCCAGCUGGAGGCUACAGAAGUGUACAGCAAAGUAGCCAAGCAGCUGGUGAAGCAGCAGAAGUACAGUGAGAUCCGGCAGCUCCUGAAGUGUGAUCUCGAUAAUCUGAUUCAGGAUAUGGACAGUGAUGAAAACAAGAUCCAGGCCUACGUGAUGUGCAACAAGCUGCGCUCUGCGUAUCUGGUGUCGGUGAGACAGGAGAAGAGCAGAGCAGUGCAGCUGGUGCAGCAGGUGCGGCAGCUGGCCGAGAGCAGCGGCGAUGACGUUGUGAAGGCAAUCUGUGCCCAGUGGCUGUCAGUGCACCAGCCCAAGAUGAGAAAUCGCCUUCCCCAGGGCGCUAGGAAGUAA